UCGGGACCAGGCAUCGUUCCCUAAUUCUUGCCUGACUUCUCAAUGGUGGAGUCAUUUGUCAGUUACAGGGUGGUCUUGUGAAGUUUUCAUUGAGGAUGAGAAAAGUGUAAUCGUACGAGAUAGUAAAACAUACAGCUGUACGGGAGCUGGGGCGUGAGCGACGACUGUUAUGUAGGCUUCUCCAUAGGAAAGCAUAGUCACGCUUUUACGCACUUCCAGGUGUCUUCUCUUACCAAACUAAAAGUGAAUAAAGAAACCCGAAGCUUGACAAACUGCGUUCACUAUCCAAGGCCGGGAUUAUGAAUUUGCAACUUGUUGACUGUUUUUAAUAAUUGUUUUCUAUCAUAAGCGCGGUGCUGGAGUUAUUUAUUUACUAUUAGGCCUACGCGCGAUCCACAAUCAAGACAACCGUUAUCAACAGGUAGUCUAAUGUGGAUAAACUGCAAUGUUGUUGAUUUGCUGUUACAACCACACUUUUUUUUCUGCAAGAAAUUGUAGGCUGCUCCGCGUGACGAGUGUUAUCCUACUGGUCCAGAUGUUUGGGAUAUUGGAUGUGGGGUGUUGAAACUAGGAUAGAGGACGCUGCCGUGCCUAAACUUUACUCGGCUGUUGGCUAUGGUUUAUCAAAAGCGCUGUUUUGGACUUGGACUUCUAAAAAUGAUGUCGGAGACACCAACGGGACAAUGCCCUCUCACCUGGACGUUGGAGAGAGCUGGACGGGUGCAUUGAGAUUCCCUUAUGCCAGAUAGCAGCGUAUCACCAUUAAAUAGCUUUUCUGUUUAUAUUUCAUAAAUCCUACGGAAUGGCUUCCCAGGUGGUGUGCGGACUGGUCUUCAGGCUGCUGCUGCCAGUCUGUCUCGCUGCAGCCUGUCUGUUCCGGUACAAUGGGUUCUCUUUUGUCUACCUCAUCUACCUCCUGCUCAUCCCACUGUUCCCAGAACCCACCAAAACAACAAUGCAAGGUCACACAGGGCGCCUGCUUAAGUCCCUGUGCUUCACCGGUAUGGCUUUCCUGCUGCUACACAUCAUCUACCAGGUUACCAUCAACAGUCUGCUAGCAGGAGACAGCAUAGAACCCAACUUCAACUGUUCAACAUGGGAGAAGUCGGUGCGACAGCUGGGCUUGGAAAGCGUCCGGGGUGCCGAUGCAGGAAACGGCAUCCGUGUGUUCAUGCCAGACAUCGGCAUGUUCGUGGCGGGCCUGGUCACGUGGCUACUGUGCCUGAGUCUGGAGGAGAAGCCGCAGGUGAAAGACAAAUCACAGCAGCAUGACGUCGAAUGCGAGUCGGACAGUCAGGUGAGCUCAUCAUCUCUUUACAGACAAACUUCUGCCCCUGGCGUAUCUGGAUUUACAGGGGAACCCCACACUCCCAACACCUAUACACACCCAUACACCCUACCCUCGUAA